GUAAUUAUAAUAUUAUAAUGUGUGUGUAUGUGUGUGUGUAUGUGUGUGUGUCUGUCUGUGUGUGUGUGUGUGUGCGUGUAUGUGUGUGUGUGUAUAGAUGGCGUGCUGUUCUCGUCUGCGCUCUCCUCAUCUGUCAUUCCUGCAGACACUGUUCUCUCUCUUCCUGUCGUUCAUCACCCUGCUUGCGUCUAAUUGGUGCUCGGGGGUCCAGAAAGUUCCAAAGCCGCUGUGUUCUACUCUGCGCCGGCGCACCUGCACUCCGUCGGACCUGUUCACCAACGGCUCCACCCAGUUUAUCUGGGAAACCGGGGACGACCGCUUCAUCUUCCCCACCUUCCACGCCGGGAUCUGGAGCUGCUGUGAAGAAAACAUAGACAAGGAUGAAUGGGAAGAGAAGUGUCGCAGUUUCAUAACUCUGACGCCUCCAUCAGAGAAAGGGAUUUUCUGGCUGUGUGUACUGAUGGAGUUGAUGUAUAUCAGUUUGUUGUUUAUCAGUUGUGUGCUGCUGAUGAUUCAGUUGUGUUUCUCUGCAUGGAAGCCUUUGCUUCAUCACUGGGGAGAAUUACUGAACGCUUAUGCUGCUGUGUUCACCGUACUGGGAGGUCUAGUUGGAAUGGUAGGUCACAUGAUGUUCAUGCAGGUGUUCCAGGUGACAGCGUCGAGCGGGCCGGAGGAUUUUAAACCGCACCAUUACGGAUACUCCUGGGCCUUUUAUGUGGCCUGGGUGGCCUUCACCUGCUGUAUGAGCGCUGGAGUUUCCACUCUGAAUAAUUACACCAAGAAAGUGCUGAUGUUUGGGACAAAGCCGAAGCCUGACUCCUACCCAUUGAGGCCACUCUACUACCCCCCGUUUCCACCCCCUCCUCCUUCCUUUCCCCCUCCAUGCCCUCCUCCCCCCAUCUCCCCUCUCUCUCCAUACUUCUGCCCCCCGUCUCCUCCUCCCUUGUAG